GACAAUAGAAAUGCAGCAGCUGCUUGACCAAAGCUAGCUAGCGGAUUCAAGAAGUGUGUCUAAAAAUUUAUCUCUCCAUGGCAAGCACUUGCAGAAUAUGUGUUCUCGUUAUAGUAAGUGUAUUCUUGCUUGGUUUUAGUGCCUUGUUUGUCUAUAUUCUUUAUGGUUUAGUGUGUAUAACUGGUACAUCAAUUACGAAGAGCCAUGGGAGCCCUGAGAGCCCUGAGAGCCCUGAUAAGUGCGUCCCGUCUGCCUGCGGUAACAUCAACAACAUAAUCAGCCCCUUUCGACUAGCCAACGAUACAGAUCAAAGCAACUGCACGAACUGGGAUUACUACAACUACAACCUCUAUUGUGACUACAACCUCACAGUACUGACAAUAGAUUGGGGAAAAUACUAUGUGCAGGCAAUCAACUACGACAACUUCACAAUCCGAGUUGUAGAUCCUGGCAUUCGCAACAAUGAUUUCUCCUCCAUCCCCCGUUAUUCGCUUUCCAUUUACAACUUAACUUCUCAUCUUCGAUUAGCAUCAAGUACAACACCUAUAACUUUCUUCAAGUGUGCAAAAGCAGUGAACUCGUCUGUGAUGAGAACAUAUAAUUAUGUCAAGCAUGGGAAUAUAACGGCAUCAAAUAUGGAGGACGGGUGCAGAAUAGAGUGGACGACUUUGAUGAGUAAGUCGUUCUUGUACGAAAAGGAGAGAAACUUUUCUUAUCAUGACAUACACAGCGCACUGGGGUAUGGCUUUGAGCUUCAAUUCCGAUUUCUCAAGACCCGCCGCAGAUUCGUUAUAUACAAUUGGAAGAUACUCGGAACAUAUUUCCUAAUAAAAUCUAUAUUUGGGGUUCCAUUUCUGGCUGCUUUUCUAAUCUACAAACGGCGAAGAAUGCAUUUGUCAAUGUAUAGCAGCAUAGAAGAUUUCCUGCAAAGUGAUAACAACCUCAUUCCGAUAAGGUACUCUUACUCAGAUAUUAAAAAGAUGACCAGUAGAUUCAAUGAGAAGUUGGGUGAAGGAGGUUAUGGCUCUGUAUUUAAAGGAAAGUUACGAAGUGGUCGAUUUGUAGCAGUUAAAAUGUUGGAGAAGCCUAAAGCUAAUGGACAAGAUUUCAUAAGUGAGGUAGCUACUAUUGGGAGGAUUCACCAUUUUAAUAUGGUUCAACUUGUUGGUUAUUGUGUUGAGGGAUCAAAGCGUGCCUUAAUUUAUAACUUCAUGCCAAAUGGAUCUCUUGAUAAAUACAUUUAUUGCAAAGAAGGAAGCAACCCCUUAAGUUGCAGGAAAAUGUAUGAGAUUUCUCUUGGAGUGGCUCAAGGGAUCGAAUAUCUACAUCAAGGUUGUGACAUGCAAAUUCUACAUUUUGACAUCAAGCCUCACAAUAUUCUUCUUGAUGAGAAUUUCAUCCCAAAGAUUUCUGACUUUGGGCUUGCAAAGCUAUAUCCGGUAGGAAAUACCAUUGUCUCUUUGACAGCAGCAAGAGGAACAAUGGGAUACAUGGCUCCUGAGUUGUUCUACAAAAAUAUUGGAGGCGUCUCAUACAAAGCUGAUGUCUACAGUUUUGGAAUGUUGUUGAUGGAAAUGGCAAGUAGAAGGAAGAAUUUGAACACAUCCAUAGAGCAUUCAAGCCAAAUUUAUUUUCCUCUUUGGGUCUCAAACCAAUUUUGCAUGGGCAAAGAGUUUGAGAUGGAUGAUGCUACAGAAGAGGAAAAGAAAAUAAUAAAAAAGAUGAUUAUAGCUGCUUUAUGGUGUAUACAAUUGAAGCCAAGCGAUCGUCCUUCGAUGAACAAAGUUAUAGAGAUGCUUGAGGGAGAGGUUGAAUGCUUGCAACUCCCUCCCAAGCUUCUUUUAUGUCCACAACAAGAGAUGCCCAGAGACAAUCUUCAUGGUAAUUCGAAUCCAAUGUGUUCUAACACAGAGCUAACAUGUAGUACUCUGUCAGCUAGGUGAUGAGUAGGACUCAACUAGAGUUUCAACUUUAAUUUCAGUUUUAUUAUUAUUUACGCUAUAAGAAAAAUAUAUGGGUUCAAGUUGCAUACAUUAAAACUACGUUUUUAUUUUGAACUAGUACUUGUGUGGUUUUGCUCCUCUGCCACCACAAGCAUCGCCCUCGUUGUCAUAAUCACUACCACCGCCACUGAGUCAUAUCUCAUAUAUUGAUUUUUUUUUUUUUUUUAAGGAAAAUGCUAAGGAGAUCAACUCUAGUAAAAUUUACAUGUAACCGGUAUAAUACAAUUUUGCUAUCCUGAACUAAUAACACAAUGAUACGUGGAAAAGUUAUCAUAUAUGCCAUUGCGUUAUUAGUUGGGAAUAGCAAAAAGUGUUAUCCCGUUACAUGACAGUUUCCCCUUCAUCUUUAGAGACCAACUUAUGUACCAUCUCUCUAAUAGAGAUGGGAUCUAUGGUAUUAGUGGGCCUUACCUUUAUUACAGAGAUGGUACACAAGUUGAUGAUGUCGCCUUAGCAUGACCCUUUAUUUUUUAUAUAAAUAAAAUUUAAAUAUUGUAUUUAAAUGUCACUUAUGAUUGAAAAAGAAUCUUGAGCGACAGCCAUUGGCCCCCACUUCAAUUUUCUGAAGAUGGAAUUGGUCAUUGCACCAAUGAUCACAUGGAAGAAAGUCAUUAGCAAUACGCAAAUUGAAAAAGAUAGAUCAGCAAAUGCUCGAGGCCAAUAAGUAGUGACAAUAAAGCAACACACAAAAUGCAAAGGGCGGCAAUACAAAUGCAAGGGGCUGCUUCAUCAAAGUGAGUGAAUUGAAGGAGUGUCUUAAAAUCUCUCGUAAUAGCAAUUGCUGUUUCUCUUGUUCUUGGUCUCAGGUUUUGCCUUUUUCUUGUUUCUCAAUUAAUCUACGAAUCUACUACAGCUAAGCACAACAACGGCAAUGGAAAGUGCAUCCCGUCUUCCUGCGGUGGCAUCCACAAUAUAACUUUCUUCAAGCGUGCAAAGGCAGUGAUCUCAUCAUCUAUGUAUAAGGACACUACUGUUAUUUCGGGCACUAAUUGUAUUUGAUGUUGGUUCUCUGAAUCUUCAAGCAUGUGCUUUGUAGCGAUUCCUUCAAGCAACUAAUGAGUAAGAUAUUUUCACAGCAAUAAGCAUGUGCUCUGUUGGCAAUGGCAGAUUAAUCUUUGUCAAUCUUUUACAAUAAAAUAUACCAAAUCAUUUACAAAGAA